CACAUAUGGCAAGGGAGCCAUGACGUGAGUCUCCCCUCGGAGAGCAAGAGUCAUGAGGAAAUGAGCCAGGUGUCUGAGAAGGGCUUCUCUUCCAGCAGGGCGGAUAGCCAGUGACCGACAUUUCACACCUGAGAGUCUUGCUGGAAGCCACUGUAAAAUCGAACUGGUGCAUUCUCUUGAAAGGUGCACGCUCUUUUGCUUUCUAUUCGCUUGCCUGCAGCUAGAGUGCACUUUCGUUUGACGUGCACUUGAUUUCCUCCUUGAUGGCUGGUCACACCGAUUCUUCUAGACCAACAGCUACUUCUCUGAGGGGUUUGUCGUUGGUGGCUUGAGGUUGAGAGGAAAGAGAUCAGUGACAAUUCUUUCUGGGUGAGUGGAAGGUUUUCAGCGAUGAGAAAGGGAAGACUUAAAAGUCGAAGGGAAAAGCAGCCUUCCCUGGCCCCCACGCCUCCCGCCGCCCCUAAUCCACACGCGUGACCUCCUUUGGAGACCCCAGGUGGCACAUCAGUAUUUGAUCUGCUGCUCUCCAGCGCGCUGCGGGCGUUGGGCGGCGGGGCUGGCCACACACUCCACGGCUGCUGAAGCCCGCAUCCAGCGCCACAGGCAGCUUCGGGAGGACCAUCUCCGUGCUCGCCCCUUCCUCGGGUUGCUUGUGUCCCCCCCCCCCGCCCCGGGGCGAGGCGCCCACCAUGCCUGAUUGCCCGCGGCUGGCACUGCUCUGCGCGCUGCCCUGGCUCCUGCGGGCGGCGGUCCCUGGCCACCAGGCAGAGCCCCUCGCGCGGUCGGCAGAGCUGCUCCGCAAUCCGCGCGACCCCGCCAGAGGAGCCGAUUUCGAUCGCGUCUACAGCGGGGUGGUGAGCCUCAGCACCGAGAACAUCUACUCCUUCAACUACACCAGCCAUCCUGGCCAGGUGACGGCCGUGCGGGUGCACGUCAACAGCUCCUCUGACAAUCUGGACCACCCAGUGCUGGUUGUGGUUCGCCAGCAGAAGGAAGUUCUGUCCUGGCAGGUCCCUCUGCUCUUCCAAGGACUAUACCAAAGGAGCUACAACUACCAGGAAGUCAGCCGCACUCUAUGUCCUUCAAAAGCAACCAAUGAGACGGGCCCUUUGGAACAGCUGAUCUUCGUAGAUGUAGCAUCCAUGGCUCCCCACGGUGCCCACUACAAGUUGCUGGUCACCAAAAUCAAGCACUUCCAGCUCCAGACAAAUGUUGCCUUUUACUUCACUGCCAGCCCCUCCCAACCUCAGUAUUUUCUAUACAAAUUUCCUGAAGACGUGGACUCCGUUAUCAUUAAAGUGGUGUCUGAGAAGGCUUAUCCGUGUUCCGUUGUCUCGGUUCAGAAUAUCAUGUGCCCAGUGUAUGAUCUGGACCACAAUGUGGAGUUCAAUGGUGUCUAUCAGUCCAUGACCAGGCAAGCUGCCAUCACGCUGCAGAAGAAGGAUUUCCCAGAUGAGCAGUUCUUCGUGGUGUUUGUGAUAAAACCUGAAGAUUAUGCCUGUGGCGGAUCCUUCUCCAUCCAGGAAAAUGAAAACCAGACCUGGAAUCUACAACGAUCAAAGAACCUGAAAGUGACCAUUGUCCCAUCCAUCAAAGAAUCCGUGUAUGUGAAAUCUAGUCUUUUCAGCGUAUUCGUUUUCUUGUCCUUCUACUUGGGAUGCCUGCUCUUCAUGCUUGUCCAUUACGUGAGGUUUCAGAGGAAAUCCAUUGAUGGAAGCUUUGGUUCCAGUGACGGCUCUGGAAAUAUGGUGGCCUCCCAUCCCAUCGCUGCCAGUACGCCCGAAGGGAGCAAUUAUGGGGCAAUAGAUGAGUCGAGUUCUAGUCCUAGAAGGCAGAUGUCCUCUUCCGAUGGCGGACAGCCAUGCCACUCAGACACGGACAGCUCUGUGGAGGAGAGUGACUUCGACACUAUGCCAGACAUCGAAAGCGACAAAAACGUCAUCCGGACCAAGAUGUUCUUGUACCUGUCAGAUCUGUCCAGGAAGGACCGGAGGAUUGUCAGCAAAAAGUAUAAGAUUUAUUUUUGGAACAUCAUCACCAUCGCUGUGUUUUAUGCGCUGCCUGUGAUGCAACUCGUGAUCACCUACCAGACGGUGGUGAAUGUUACUGGAAACCAGGAUAUCUGUUACUACAACUUCCUCUGUGCUCACCCCUUGGGCGUCCUGAGCGCCUUCAAUAAUAUUCUCAGUAACCUGGGCCACGUACUCCUGGGCUUCCUCUUCCUGCUGAUAGUGCUGCGCCGGGACCUUCUCCACCGAAGAGCCCUGGAAGCUAAAGACAUCUUUGCGAUGGAGUAUGGUAUUCCCAAACACUUUGGUCUCUUCUACGCCAUGGGAAUCGCGUUGAUGAUGGAAGGCGUGCUCAGUGCUUGUUACCAUGUCUGCCCUAAUUACUCCAACUUCCAGUUCGACACGUCCUUCAUGUACAUGAUCGCUGGCCUCUGCAUGCUGAAACUCUACCAGACCCGCCACCCGGACAUCAAUGCCAGCGCCUACUCUGCCUACGCCUCCUUCGCUGUGGUCAUCACACUGACGGUCCUCGGAGUGGUGUUUGGAAAAAACGAUGUGUGGUUCUGGGUCGUCUUCUCGGCCAUCCACGUUCUCGCGUCUCUAGCCCUCAGCACCCAAAUCUACUACAUGGGCCGCUUCAAGAUAGAUCUGGGAAUCUUCCGGCGGGCUGCUAUGGUGUUCUACACGGACUGUAUCCAGCAAUGCAGCAGACCUCUGUAUAUGGACAGGAUGGUGUUGCUCAUUGUGGGAAAUCUGGUUAACUGGUCCUUUGCCUUCUUUGGACUGAUCUACCGGCCCAGGGACUUUGCCUCCUACAUGCUGGGCAUCUUCAUCUGCAACCUGCUGCUCUACUUGGCUUUCUACAUCAUCAUGAAGCUCCGGAGCUCUGAGAAGGUCCUCUUCCUACCCGUCGUCUGCAUCGUGGCCACGGCCGUGGUGUGGGCUGCCGCCCUGUACUUUUUCUUCCAGAACCUCAGUAGCUGGGAGAGAACCCCAGCGGAAUCCCGGGAGAAGAACCGAGAGUGUGUCCUGCUGGAUUUCUUCGAUGACCACGACAUCUGGCACUUCCUCUCUGCUACUGCCUUGUUCUUCUCCUUCCUGGUGUUGUUGACUCUGGAUGAUGACCUGGACAUGGUCCGCAGAGACCAGAUCCCCGUCUUCUGAGCGCCCAGCAUCACAGCGGGGAGAGGAGCAACCCACCUCGGUGCUGUUUUGUGGAAAUAAGUGAGUGCAGCAGUCCGCCCACUGCCGGAGCUCCACCUGCCUCAGGAGGGGAGCCAGCGGUAUCUGCGCUCACAGGAAGAGCUUGGGGCUGAGCUAACCCUCAAAAAGAAGGGUAGAAGGGACGCCCUGUUGUGCACAGAGACAGAGCUGCGGGGCUCCAGAACCUCUGUCUACAACUUAGCGCGUUCACUCUAGACACAAGCUUUAUGGGGCCAGCUUACCCACCUGGGCCUCCCAACCUCACUGAGAUUGGCCAGAGAAACCAGCUACUCAGACCUCCCACCUAGAACCAAAGGUGUGGCCACUUCCACACCUCCGAGACACCUGCUGCUAUAGAAGGCCAAAGCACCAUCUCAUUCUCCCGUGGCCGUCAGAGGACAGGAUCCCUCAGAAUAUGGUGCAGAAAUGGGACCAAGGUCCCACCCAACUGGGGACAGGCAUUCUAGUAACUCAAGCUAAGUCAUGCCUUAGCUUUAAUACUUGGCGCGGCUGCAAAUGCUCCGAAUGGGACUUUGCCGUGUCCACUUCUGUACGGAUCACCGUUGUUGGACCCAAGGCCUGGGUGAUCACCAGUUUCUUCAUGUCUUCAUCUCACGGUUGGCUGCUGACCGUGCACUCUGCUGCUGCCUUCUUAGAAGGCCCUUCUUUCUCCGUAGACCCUAGCAGCUUUGAGAUGGACACAAAUGGAGACAUGCUUCCCACAGCAGAAGUGAUGGACAGUGCUUAGCGGCUGAGCGUCAGACGGGCAGCAUUUGCCUUAAUGACUCCGGAUCCUGGGGCAAAUUCAACAACACACCCGCGCUUGGUGGUCCCCAGACACACGGCUCAAUCUGUGCCCAUGCGGCCUUUGCGUGGAAAUAAGUGUUUCCCAGCUGCACCCUGGUGUUCUUCACAGCUGAAGAACUGCCACUUCUGUAGAUCAGGGCUCCAGACUGCCUGCCUGAAGUUGGUAACUGAAGAUGGACAUGUGCUCCUCCCGCCCCCCCCCCACCACCACCACCACCACCGCUUGAGCCGCAGAGGUCGUGGGUCGUGGCUAAUCCAACCACCUCUUACUGGGCCCCAUUCUCACACUGUCCCUGGAAGGAUGUUAAAAAGCACAGUGUCCUAGCUUCCUUCUCUCAUGCCAUCUGACAAGCCCUGUGAGGGGCCCCGUGUUGACCGGGCUUCCUAGAUGGAUGUGUGGGGUAUGACGUCAUCAGAAAGUAGACACACAAGUGUGUGCACACGUGCCAACUUGCUUGUGAAACUGAAGUCACUCUUCCCCUGUGCUUUCUUGAACAUCUAAUAAGGAAAUCCAGCAUUCCUCUUUUUUAAAAAAUUAUCACAGUCGGCGGUGGUGGUGCACACCUUUAAUCCCAGCACUUGGGAGGCAGAGGCAGGCGGAUUUCUGAGUUCGAGGCCAACCUGGUCUACAUAGUGAAUUCCAGGACAGCCAGGGCUACACAGAGAAACCCUGUCUCAAAAAAACAAAAAAAAACA